GGCCGCGCGCUCGGACGGCGGAGCCAUGGCGGCGGCUAGGCUCUGCGGAAUUAGGACUAAAGUCUGCAUGGCACCAUCUCCUGGGAGAUGUCUACAAAAUGAGCUCUGGACAAGGUCAUGGAAAAAGGAAGGUGCUCACCCACUCCGUUUUUUUGGUACGUGGGAGCAUUUGCAGGCACAAAACUGGCGUGUUAAUGGUGGUGUUAGUUAUCUUGGGAGUCAGCGAGAACCAUCUGUGUGUCUGUGCCAUUCGGCCCCUGCUGCUGUGGUCCAACAAAAGGCUGUGGAUGAGAAAACAGAAGAGUUCAAACUGGUCUACAGGUUUCCAGGGAUUAAGUACUGCAGGGUACUGUCCAGACUGAAGCUGUUACAGACUGCCACCACCGUGGUCAUGCUGCCUCCCAUCUGCUACCUCUAUCUGCAAGAGCAGGUCUCUCAGAAUAUCCUCUUGUACACAGCUGGCAUCACGCUCUUUGCUGGUGCAAUGUUGUAUGGUAUGAGCUACUUUUUCAGACGAAUUAUUGGAUUAAUCUACUUAAAUGAAACCGGCCGUACUGUCAAAGUGGCCCACUUGACGUUCUGGGGAAGACGGAAUGACAUUUACUGUCCCAUAGAGACAGUGAUGACUUUGGAUGAAGCUGGAGAUAGCAAGGGGGAGCUACUUCUCCAGUUCAGACGGGUUGAUCACCUCAGCACCUGUGUCUGUGAAGGACAGUGAUCUUACUCUGUAGUGUUAGUGCGAUUCCUCCUUUUCCAAAACCUCAGCAGGAAAGAGGAACCCGAGAAAGAAUCACACCUGAUGACUUGUAACAUGUAAAACUUUUUUUGAAUUGUCAGAAGUAAGUUAACUCCUUACACUGCUCUUCUAGCUGUUAUUUCAUUUGAAACAAUGGCAAAUAAACCCACCCUCACCAACAGA